AUGCCAAUAUCUGAGGGCGAAACCGCAACUGCUUCUGCAGGCGGCCAAGAUGGCAGUAAGCGAUUGGUGUAUGCAAGAGAGUAUACAUUAGAUUUGCCUAGAAUAUCCAGUGUUGAGCUACCUUUGAAAGUCUCUUCUGCCCCUGAAAGUGUAGCCAAGGCUGUCGAUAUGUGUGGUGGUUUAAGUUCCAUAAAGAAUGUAUUGCAAGGACGUGAUGAAAAUGGUCUCGAAUUACACUUGAAUCCAGAACAGGAUGAAAACGAUACUUCGACAUUCUUCAAUGAACAUCCUAUAAUUGGAAGAACGGUUCCUAACAGAGAUGAAUCUGUACUACUAAAGAUAUCUCUACCGAAGGGUACCCUUGCGAAACACAACGGGAACCUACAAAAAGCUAUUGCCGCUGGAAUGGAAGAGAAAAAGUUAAGAGUAUUGCCCGUAGCAAUCAUAAACAAUACUAUAAGAUUCCGCGAAAUGUCCGAUUUUCAAGUGAGAUUGGAUAAUCUUCCCAGCGCGAAAGAAUAUAACAACAGUUUCAAAUCGUUAAAUUGGGAUAACUUCAAAGACUACGUGAACAGUAUACCGGACUAUGACACUAAACCCUACGAAAACUUGAAUACCAUGAUUGUUGAUAGAAGUUCUAAUAUACCUCCUUUCGACUGGCAAUUGCCUCCCAUUCCAAGGUUCUCUAUGGUAAACAUUCCAUACAUCUAUAAGUACAGAGAUAAUCCAUAUGCGAAAAAAUCAGAUACUGGUGAAUCUUCUGUCAAGGGAACAUAUAUCAAAAACUAUCAACAAUUGGUUUAUGACUUCAAUACGACCACUGGAAUUCCUACUCAACCUCACCCUGACAUUGUGAAGCUUUUUGAACAAGGGAAAGAAACUGGUAUUUAUCCAGGUACUAGUAAAGAUUUGCAAUUCUUGGAGAAACUAGAGCAAUGUUUGGACAUCCUUCAUGCAUUGUUUGAGAAGAGGCCAAUAUGGGUUAAGCGUCAUAUUGACGGUAUAGUACCAUUAGAUUUGCAUCCUGCCUUGAAAGUAGCCUUAUCUUUAUGUUCAUACAGAUUUACCAAAGGUCCCUGGAGAAAUAGUUAUAUCAAGCUAGGCGUUGAUCCACGUACUUCAAAAGAGUAUGCUCAAUACCAAACAGAGUACUUUAAGAUUGAGAGGAAGCUACUACAGGACCCAGUAAUCAAGAAGAAUUUACCUGACCCACCUCCAAAGGAUUAUCAGUCCAGCGUGCCCGGUGAAAUAGACCCCCGAUUUGAAUUCGAUGGAAAGCGCAUCCCAUGGUACUUAAUGUUACAAAUAAAUCUUCUCAUAAAGGAACCAAAUAUUGCUGAGAUCUACUCGCAAACACAGUUACUACCUGAAGUGAACGAACUGACAGGUUGGUUCACCGAAUUGGAUUUGACCAAAAUACGGAAAAUUGUCAAAUAUGAAUUAGGUUGCAUGGUUCAGGGCAACUACGAGUUUAAUGAACACAAACUAACAUUUUUCAAAAGAAUGAUAUAUGUAAAGGAAUCCAUGAUGAAGGAUAAGGAUGCGGAAGGAGACGUAGACAUGGAUCAAGAUCAAGACGAUAACGAUGACAAUGGAGUGGAAGAAGGAGAAAUGGACGACGAGCUAAUAGAAGAAGCUGGCCAAGAAGAAGCUGAAGAAUCAACAAUUCGAUCCGAGUUAGCUGAUGAUGAGCAGAACACAGAGCCAGACACAUUCGACAUCAAGACAGCGUCUUUUAAAGAAGUCAUCGAUAAGAUUGCCAAGCACGACUCGGAAUCUGCAGAAUUCUUAAAGGACCAUAUCAAGGGACUUGUUAAUGAGAAUAAUUUGUAG